CACAUCGUCUUCCUGUCCGCUUUCUUCACCUUAGGUACGGUAUAGAUACCAGUCACCCAGGGCGAAGGACCAUCUUCGAUACCCGAACCUACCGACUCUAUAUCUACAUCGUACUUAUGUCUUCUUGCCCGACUCGACUCAGUUGGCCUUCGAUCACCUCCUCCCUCCCUCGCAUUAUCUACAACCUUUUCAUUUUAUUUUUUACCGCCCUCUGCCUUUCGGCGCUCUCUCCUCUCCACAGCACCGCAUGCUCGCUCAGCUCUGCAUUACUUUGCUGCUCAGCUCAUUCGCUUCCCCCUCCGCCUGCCUACUUACUCCCAUCGAAACCCCCACUACGAAAUCCUUCCCAUAUUUGCCGACACAUUUCUCCUCAUCCUUCUUCUUCUUCUUUUUCUUCCACUCCUCCUUCUCCUCGUCCUCUCUUACUCGCAUUUUCUCCAACUCGAUUCGUUCAGCCAGCAAGCCAGCCGGCCAAACACCUGUCCAUCUACUUCAGUGCCGGUGUCUCUUGGCCCAGCUACCCUUAGCUCACACACACACCACACCACACCUCACCUCACCUCACUCACCUCAAUUCUACCGCCCUGUGAAGAGCGAGAAACACAGAGAGAGAAAGAGUACGUACCUCAGCUACCUGACUGCGUUCCCCAGGUAGCGAAGCACCUCGCAAGCAGGGCAGUCCACCAGAAGCGACCACGCGCACUCGGAUCGCACAACGGGAUCCCGACGCCGCCGGCGAAUCAUCCUACACCAGCUGCGUCGCUACCUCGGUCGUGCGCAUAUGACUCUUGUCAACCAUAGUCUUCGCAUUCCCUCGCGCGACUCUUGACCAAAGCCGCUACAUCCGCAGGCUCCGUCUUUUUGCGAAAGCAGACCCGACAUCGACAGAAACGCUUACGGCGCAUCUAGGCCAUCGUUGCUCCGCUGCAUCCUGGUCUGCCCACUUUGCUUCACACACGUACAUAUCGCGUCCCCACUGCGCCCUCUAAUAUACCGCUCUCUCCCCCACGGACGUCAUACCGGACCAGGCCAUCUCUUCGACCUGCAGUAUCUUGACUCUUUAUGCCAGCAGCCAUCUGACGCUGCCCAUCACCAUUUGAGGCGCGGAUUUCCCACGAGAUCUCACUCGCAACCGUUGUGUCACGCCUUUCCGAUCUAUUCAUUCGUUCAUUAUCCCAUCCCUCUAUGAGGCACCAACCCGGCCUUCCCCCACCUGACCUACGCUCGUUGAGAAAGGCCGAGACCUAAACAGCUGGAACCGCGACGAGCAACCCACCAGAGGCACUGCAAGUGAGCAACAAAAGACGGUGAGGAUUUCGAGUUUGCACUCGCUCGCCAGAAGGAUACUGGAAUCAGUUGGGAGAGACUGCCCACCCACUACUGUUGAACACUAUUCCGGAACCGCUGUCGCCUGGCAGCACGCAUAUUUUGCUGCCGUCCAAAAUGUUUCGCCAAAGAACGAGCGCCCAAAAACCCGGCGAUGAACUGCUGGCCACCUUUCGAAGGCAGUUCCCCGAGGUAGCUGUUACGACCACCGGGCCGGCCGAUGCUCAAAGCGCUGCUGUAGACCAUACCGCCAUUGUUCCGUCCAUUCCGGGAGUCCAAGAAAGAAGCCACAGCCUCAGUCAUGAAGCUUUCAGGGACCAAGACCCGACACCCAGAGCCACGAAUGAGCCUUGGAGAUUCACCCCGUCUUUGCUAGAUCCAAACUCUUUCUCCUUUACCAGCUUCGCCAAUGCGCCGCCCGGGUACUACACUCCAACCCCGGGAGGCACCAAUACCAUCUACCACCCGCAAGCCGGCGACCUGCACACGCCCACGCUGGGACUCGGUAUGGGCCUUGGGACCCCCUUAUCGAUGCCCACGUCGGACGGCGCGAUGAACUCUGGACAGCCCAUGAUGGACCUAGCUGGGUACCACCAAGGAAUGCAUCCUCAGCAGUUCCAACAACCCUUCAACCCGUUCAUUCAGCCUCCCGCGCCUCAGCAAUCGUUUGCGCCUUCUUCAUUCGUGCACCAAGACACCGGCUACGAGACCAUGGAGCAAGAUGGGUCGCCGAUGAACUCCGAUCCGUCUGAAGAGCGCAUGGCUUCCAUUGACAGCGCCUUUCACAACUCACCCAUGAUGGGUUUCCAGGGACGGCAAAUUGGAGGAAUGCCCAUGGCCGUAGCACUCCCACCGUCUGCCGAAAAGUUCCGUUUCCACGCGACUCUCAACGCCCCUACUGCCAUGAUCAAACACGCGGAUGAGAUCCCCGUGACAUACCUCAACAAGGGCCAAGCGUACUCUCUCUCCAUCAUCGACACCAACGCAACGAUGCCUGUGGCGCCAGGCACCAGAUUCCGCACCUUUGUCCGCAUCUCCUUUGAAGACGAGCAACAACGACAGAAACCCGGUGUUUGUUGGGCCUUGUGGAAGGAGGGUAGAGGCACGAAUGAAGCCCACCAAAGGGGCGGAAAAUUACAGGCCGUGGAAUAUGUCGAAGCGGGGCAGCCGACCGAGGGUGACGACAAGAGAACACGCGUCGAGUUGGAGUCGGCCUCUUUUGACGGCUUUUCGGUUGUUUGGACCCCCGGUAUCAACGGCGCCCCCGAGUGCAACAUCGCCGUUCGCUUCAACUUCCUGUCCACCGACUUCAGCCACUCCAAGGGAGUCAAGGGGAUUCCUGUCAGGCUGUGUGCCAAGACCAGCACAUUUCCCCCGGAUCCCGCGCAGCCAGCCGCGGACGCCAACCCCGAGAUCUGCUUCUGCAAAGUCAAACUGUUCCGUGACCACGGCGCCGAACGAAAGCUCUCCAACGACGUGGCCCAUGUGAAGAAGACUAUCGACAAGUUGAAGCAGCAGAUUGCGCAAGCGGAGAGCGGCAUGAAGGACUUUGGGAAGCGCAAGAGGUCCACUGCCACGGCCCAAGUCAAGGGCGCUGACCAACGGCCCGGCAAGGUACAGAAACACAAGAGAACAUGGUCCAUGUCCUCAACCAGCUCAGCCGGCGGAGGGGCCCGCCCUCCUCUCGAAGAAGACUUGCACUUCAAGCUCCAGACCCUGCAAGACAUGUUCACCAGCACCCGGCCCGUCAGCAUACUCUACUUACGCGGCGAAGACCUUGACGACCCCGACCUCCAUCCUGUUUCACUCCCUGGAGAGCAGACGGACCUCACCAAAGUCGAGUCCCGUGAGGGUCCCGCGUGGCAGGCACGAAGUGGCCGUAGCUCCGUCGCAGGCUCGUCCCUGGUUUCGCCUUCUCCAAGCUCUCUGUCUCUGGCUUCUCAAGCUUCGGCAGUACCCAACCGGCAGUGGUCGGGUUUCGACGGCGAAGGCUCGGGAGAGCCUGCUUCCCGACAAGGCUCGGAUCAGCCAACGAAGGUCACCAAAACGGACGAUGCUGGUAACUUGAGCGGCUGGAUCGAAGCUCUGGGCGUGGACCCAUCCUACCGUCCGCCUCCUGAGCGCGUGGCGAGGCCUGCCGCCUGCUUUUAUGUCAUUCGGCCCGAUACAUCCGAGCCGGAGAGGCGGGAGUACUACCGCGCGAUAUACCUAGCCCAGAGGAGCUUGAAGGACUUCAACUACCGUUUGGCCGUUAAAUGGAACCUUGAUCCGUCCAGGGUUUUGCGAACUGUCCAUGUCCUUGAUCGCGGGCUCGAGGUCGAAAUGGAUGACGAUGUCAUCCAAGAGCUAAGAGAAGGCCAGGACAUGAUGCUUGAAAUCAAGGAGGUCACACACGACGAUUCGGUCCAGCCCAAACGCGAAUGGGAUAUGGCCGUCGAUCCCAACGAGGGUGAUGCAAUGGACCAUUCAUCCACGCAAGGCGGCUACGAAUUGCGCCUCAAAUUUUAAUACCACAUAAUUGGAUUCAUCUCUACUUCAAGCAACAAACUUCGAUCGGAUUCGGAUUUAGACGGGAUUUUGAUACUUGUUGCCGGGUAGGCCAUGGGGAUACGGGCGACACACCAUACAUACACACACACACGCACACGCACACGCAUGGUUGGAUAUCGCUCCGUUGGCGUUGUUGAUUUUGAGAUACCAAGUCCCUGGAUGGGCUGCUUCUUCUUUUCAACUCUUCUGGCCACACACACAUGACGUGGGGCGGAAUUAUGAUUUGGGCAUUUAGAUCUGGUCACAUUGGGCAAUCGUAGCAGCAAAACACACAAGAUAUCCCACCCCUCGUAAAAAAGGAUACUAGGCACCACUUGAAAGGUCUGUUGGAAUGGCGAGGCCAAGUGAAGAAAAUAUGGUGGAAACAAGGUUGGAAGGGGAAAACGAUAGUCGGUUCUAUUUGGCCUUCCAUGGCUCUUCGGACAUGUCAAUAGUCCACGGUACGGCUUCCCUGUUAUUAUCUAUUUUCUCGCAGCGACCAUUCUCUCCCCAUACAGCUUGGUCAUUAACACUUUGCUUUUCUUUUGUUCAACGGACUACCAAUGUACUUUGGCUUCCUCUUUCCGGACUAAGGCUGCCGGGGCUGAUUGGCGAAGCAGUGCAAGCACCAAAGAGGGAAGAAGGACGACUGAUAGACAAAUUGGCCCCUGCAUUGCAUGCACUGUCGCUUAUACCGUAGCAACAUACCCACUGAUUCCUGUGGUCUGCGGACCAUCCAGGAACCAGAAUUCUUCACACUUUUUUUUUCUUUUUUCGCAUAACCUCGCUGCAAUCUCUUCGCGCUUGCAUCGAGUGGAUGUCAAUGACGACAACGGAAUCGGACACGGAAUCCCGUAAGACACUUGUUUGGUUGAGCUCUCAUGACGGUUCCACACC